AUGCUUGAUCUCAAUGAGUUGCCUCCAGACCUCAAUGAGCUUCCUCAUGAUAUGGAUCAGCAGCAACCCAGCAUACAACAAGGAAAUUGGACAGAAAAUGGUCGAUCUGUUUACUACACGCAGGCAAGUUGUGAUGGUAACCCUACGGGCCAAGACAAUGUGGCAGGCCAGUCAUCAGCCCGUGGUGCCCUUGUAGUGGUGUCUUUGCAGUCAAAGAGCCAUACUCUUGAUGACACAGGAACCGAGGCAAAUGUUCCUGGUCCAACCAGGACUGAGCUAGGAGCUAGCGCUGUUGACGGAGCUGUGCAAGUAGAAGAAGGAGAGGAUGAGGCUGGUUCUCAACCUAUGGAACCCUAUGUUGGCAUGAGAUUUGACAGCCUUCAAAUUGCUAAGGAUCACUACAACAGCUACGCACUACGGAUGGGUUUCUCUAUCAAGAUGAACACCUCUAGACGGACACCCUGCACCAAUGAAUUGAUAAAACAACAGUUUUGCUGCAACAAGUUCAAGAAGCCCAAAGCUGAUGAUGGAGGAGCUGAGGCUCCUCCUGUCCUGGACCCUAUUCCAGAUCCAAAAUCUGUUAACAGUGAUGAGGAGAUGGAAGAAGAACCUCCAAUAUUUGCUGAAGAGGAGGCUGGUACUAGUAAGAAGAAGAAGAAGAAGAAGAAGAAGAAGAAGAAGAAGAAGAAGAAGAAGCGCAAACGUGAGACAAUAAAGCAGAUUGAAUGCAAGGCGAAAAUGUUGGUGAAGCUCAUAGAUGGGCGAUGGGAGGUGACGCACUUUGUUCGUGACCAUAAUCAUCCGCUCGUGAACAAACCUUCAUUGUCCAAAUACUUGAGAUCCCACCAAGGCAUAUCACCUGAUGAAAAGGAGUUUCUGCGCAUCUUGUAUAACUGCAACUUGACUACAGGUGUGGUGUUUUUCUAUAUCCCUUGA